AAGAAAAGCAAACAGCAGUUGAUUUACUUCGAUCUAUUUAGAAUUUGGUUUUCCAUUAAAGAUUUGCAAUGGGUAGCCCGGAACAAGAGCUCUGUCCACCGCCAUCAGAAGAAGAUGAGUUAACAUUACCUAGAGCAAGUAUUAACAAAAUGAUAAAGGAGUUGGUUCCAUCCGUUAGGGUUGCAUUUGAGUCUAGAGAACUAAUACUUAAUUGCUGCACCGAAUUCAUACACUUGCUCAGCUCUGAGGCCAAUGAAGUUUGUAAUCAGAGUAAUAAGAAAACUAUCAAUGCCGAACAUGUACUCACAGCUCUAGAUAGGUUGGGGUUCAAUGACUACACAAUAGAAGCAGAGGCAGUACUAAAAGACUGUAAGGCUGUAGCGGCCAAGAGAAGAAGGCAGAGCACCCGUUUGGAAAACCUUGGAAUUCCAGAAGAAGAAUUACUCAGGCAGCAACAGGCACUAUUUGCAAAAGCCCGUGAAGAACAAGCAAAGCAGGACCAACAGCAAUGGCUACUGCUGCAGCAGCAGGGGCUAGUGGGCUCCGAUGUGACGGCACAGCCUUACGUACCACCACCCACCGGACCCAAGGGUGACAUGGAUGAAGAUGAUGACUACUCAUAGGAUCAAUAUUUAUUUCUAACAUGUGAUAUGUCAAUAUUGUGUGGUUAAUUUAAUAUUUUUACAAGAAUUUGACAAAUAAUCAAUUACUUUGCAUCUAUCAAAAUAUGUUAUACAUAUCUAUCUAUGGAAUUUGUGUUUGCUGAUUGGAUAAGACAUGUUUAUAAUGUAUGUUGAUAGAGUUAAGCCACGAAAAGUCUGCAGCGAUUUUGAUAGCCCUCGCAGUGCCAGUGUUAUUUAUGUCAUAAUUUCGUAGAAGUUUGACAUUUAAAAUAAUACUUCAACUGUGUGGGCAGUCAAAUCCGCUGCAGACUUUUCUUGGUCUGACUCUAGACUUAUCUAUUCAUCGUCAUUAAGUAUUGGAGUUACCAUACCACAAUAAGCAAAAAAUAUUUAUAUUAGCCUCAUAACUAUAAGUAUUAUCUAUUAACUAAGGGAAACUUGGAUCCCAAACUGAUUUUCCAUUUUUCCACUUUUAAUAUGAUAAUUUUUGAAUAAAACUGUCACUGCAAAUAAUAAAUGUGCCCUUGAGUGUGCUCGAUGUAGAAUUACCUACGGUUUCUGUGAAUGGGGAAAAAGUAAAAAAUAAGACAGAUUUUGCUUUGUAACCAAUAUGUUAGAUUUACUAAUUAAUGAACGGUUUUUACUGAAAUAUCCUUUAACUAAAAUAAAAAUGUAAAUACAAAGUUUAAUUGUUAAUAUUGAUAGGACUUCACAUGUUCACUCUCUAUAGGUAACAUAUAGCUGGUCAAACCAAAUUUGUCAGUAAAUAAGAACAAAAAAACUAUACUCAUCCUUUUCUUUUGGGUGUUAGUACUAGUGUAAGACCAAGAUAGCAUGAUUCUCUUAUAUGUUUGAAAUGAGACAGUCCUUUGACAAACUAUAUAUUCCGUGUAAGUGUACACAGUUGUGUAUUUAGGCUUGAUUUAGACUUAGGACAGUUGCUUAUUCUAUUACCUUUAUUUUUUUUUUGUUAUUUUCUACUGGGAUCACUUGAAUCUAGACUGUCAAUACAAUAAAUCAAAACUUGUCACUACU